UCGUGAUACUACGAUUGAGCAUCACCUGUCGUGGCCCUCGCGCGAUCACUCUUAGGAGUAAAUUGAACGUCAUUUGUGUUUUGUUGAAUAUACGCCUGUUGUGACAAUUGCUGUUGCUGCAUUUGGGAUUGAACAUAAUUCAUCUGUUGUUAUUGCGAGUAGAACAUUUUUGAAAUAUCUGCCACCGUUGUUGCGAUACAUUUACAAGAUAAACAUGAUAAGUAGUGUAUGGAGUAGUAUAAGUGAAAUGGAUAAAAAUGAGGGCUUAAUUAUACGAACAGGAGUCUUAGAAGUAAAAAAUUUAAAAUCAAAAAACUCAGUGGGUGUAGAUGAAAUUUCUAAUUUUAUGCUCAAACUAUUGGCAAUAGGCUAUGCCGAGUGGUUAUAAAGUAGUUUUUACCUAGAUGAUUUCCACGGUGAUUUAACUAAAGAGGUAGACGCUUCUUCCUUCCACUUUUUUGCGGAUGACCUCGCAGUAGUUAUUUUAUCACCGAUUUUGAAACAUCUCGACAGAAUGUUGACUCAUCUGGAGGAGUUUGGCAAUAAACUAUGUGCUAGCCUUGCUGAAUACUCAAAAAAUAGAAACAGCCAAUAAAUUUUACUCAAAAACUGUAGCUCAACUAUUUUACACUCAAGUAAGAGAACAGGAGAUAGAGAAGUCUCGAUUGAAGGGAACAAAAUCGAAUUUGUAAUGGCGUUUAAAUAUCUCGAAUUCAUCCGGACGAGUAAACUCUCUAUGAAAGUAACAGUUGAUAAAUGUUUAGAGAAUACCCAACAGUCAUAUAUAAAACUGCAGUGGUUAAAAAGAAGUACGAGUAUUUCAAGCAAAGUGUUUAACACUUUGUCUUAAUACAGUGUUUCUUCGCGUAUUCCUUUCCACACUUUUCGUGAUACUACGAUUGAGCAUCACCUGUCGUGGCCCUCGCGCGAUCACUCUUAGGAGUAAAUUGAACGUCAUUUGUGUUUUGUUGAAUAUACGCCUGUUGUGACAAUUGCUGUUGCUGCAUUUGGGGUUGAACAUAAUUCAUCUGUUGUUAUUGCGAGUAGAACAUUUCUUGAAAUAUCUGCCACUGUUGUUGCGAUAGAUUUACAAGCUGAAAAAAAGCAGGAUGCUAAGAAGAAAAAUCAACAGUCAAAAGCUAAAUUUGGUCUUGGGAAUGAUGAAGAAGAUAGUAAUGAUGAAGAAUUUCAAGUGCCUAGAAGAGUAGUGGCUACACCUACAAUUACAACGAUAUCUCAGAAAAACGUCGAUGCAAUUCAGCAAACUCAACAGAAAAAGAAACCAUCUCCACAAUUACAGGAAAAUGAUUUUCCAGCUUUACCAACAACUCAAGAAUCAGCAAAUAAAACAGCUGUGCAGUAUAAUAGUGUUUGGAAUAAUCAGGAAUCAGACGAAACAUCAAUGUCAAAACCAACCACAGCCUCAAAGAAAAAGAAGCAACCAACAAAAAAAAAAUCUGCAACGAAACAAGACAUUGAUCCACAAAUAACUGUUCCAAUUACGAACUUCUCAUCUAUGGGUUUAUCUGAGCUCGGUCAACGACUUUUGAAUGAAGAUGAAAAUAAUGACACCACUGUAUCAACACCGAUAGUAAAAACUAAACAACAAAUGACAUCGGAAGAAAACAAACAGAAAAAUACGUCAACGAAAAAUGUAUCGACUGUCUCGGAUGCAAAAAAAAAUGAUCCGAAACCGAAUCUAGUUACAAAGAAUGGCAUAAAUGAAGAGAACCAUAUUUUAGAGAAAAAAACAAAUAACACAAAAACAAUUGAACGUGCCGUUGAACCAGUAUCUGUCAGUGGUCCUCCUCCUCCGCCUGGUUUUAAUACUUCUUCGUCUGUAACAUCAUCGAACAGUGCUCAAAUUUUACCCCUUCCGCCUCCAGGAUUUGAAGGUAAUUCAAUUUUACCAACAGUGCCCACAUAUCUUUAUCCUUCAACGUACCAACAGUCAAAAGAUUUAUUUCGUGCUAAAUUAUAUGAAUUAUUUGAUGGUGAUAUGAAUUUAUUGUCUAAUUAUGAAAAAUUUUGUGAUGCUUUUAUUACGGGUGAAAUUGAUGUACAGUACUUCAUUAAAAAGACGUUAGAUCUAUUUAAAGAUAAAUCGGAUGAUUAUAUACUCAAUUUGCUAUUGUUAAUACCAAAUAUUGAAAAACAAAAUGAAAUCUAUAAAAUAUGGCUCAACGAAGUUCAUCCCAAACAGACAAAUAAUUGUUGGAAUAAAGUAGUAGACAGUACCCACGUUCAAUGUCAUCUAUGCCAACAGCUCUUACUUCCACAAGAUUAUACGGAACAUACAAAAUAUCAUCCCGAGUUUCAACAGGAUUAUCCAGAAUUACCCACAAAACGAAAUGAUCAAUUUAUAUCAUCCUUUUCACAUAGGAGUAAAUUGAAGUAG